AUGCCUCAUAAGCGCAAGAAAGCAACAGAAAGACUUGCCCGGCGGAGCUAUGACAAGGAUCCUAAUGAGAGCAAGACAUCAGACACUCCAAAGCGGUUUGAACGACUACUCAAAUUUAAAGGAAGAGUUGAACAAGCGACAAUAACGAGAAAAAGAAAGGGGUUACCGUCGCAAGAAGAACCCAAUAAAAAACGUGCAAGUUUACUUAUGAUCCAUAGUCUUGUGGCUACGACAAAAGAAUCUUCUACUUACCCGUCACUUUUAUACAGGAGGGUUGAUAAUGAAAUGCAGUCGGAUAUACUUCACUCGAUAAAGAAUGCGACAUCAAACAGCAAAAGCAGACGCUAUCGAGAGAAGCUAAAACAGAAAAAACUACAAAAAAUGGCCGAGAUAAAAGAAGAAAUUGAAGCAAAAGAUUUUGAUAAAAUCAAGGAUAACAUAAAAUUUGGCGAAGUCGUACAAUCACCACCUUCUCUAAAAAUAUUGCCAAAGGCAAGAGGGCUGAAGCAUCAGAAUAUAACAUCCACGCCAACUACAACCGAAAUUACUACAGACACACAUGUAGAUGGUGACAGUGGAUGGAAGGGUCAAAAAUCACACCAAAAUGUGAGCGCUGCAAUAAAACGAAUUCUUGAGAAUGAAAGAGAGAAAGUAGUGGCACAUUACAGAAUGAUAAAAGAAAAACAAAAAACACAAACAUUCCAAUGA